AAAAUGAAGGGUGCUGUUGUAUCAAUGUUGCUAAUGACAGUGAUGGCUCAGCUUUUAGUUAAGCCAGGAGAGGCGGCUGUGACUUGUACCCAAGUCGAUGCAUCACUGGCUGCAUGCAUUCCGUAUCUCACAGCAGGUGGCACGCCUGCCACAGCAUGCUGUGAUGGUGUCAAGAAUCUCAAGGCCAUCACCCCUACCACCGCUGACCGCCAAACGGCUUGCAACUGCGUUAAGGAGGCUGCUGCGCGCCAUCCCAAUAUCAAAGAAGAUGCAGCGUCUUCUCUCCCUACCAAGUGUGGAGUUCAAAUGAAUAUUCCUAUCUCAAAGAACACCAACUGUCAAAACAUCAACUGA